AUGGCCACCAAGAUUGGAUCUGGAUCGUUUCGUGACCGGCUUCUGCCGUGGAACUGCGGCGUGUUGUCGUCGAAACUCGCCUUAAGACAUCAACCAAGCAUCUCAAACCAGAUCAGAAGUCUGCAUUUGUUCGAGCAUCACUCCCAGGCUAUGCUGAAAAGGGCCGAUCUCAAAAUCCCUUCAGCUACUACCUUAUUAUAUACGCGCACCUUGCAGUCAACGGUAGGAAGCUAUCCCUCUUCGUCUGCAUAUAUCAAGAGACAGGAUCCCAUGGGGUCAAACCCGGUCUUAUACGUAGAGAAGGGAUCCUUUACCCAGCAUUCUGAGGAAAUGCGAAUGGUGAAGGAAUGGUUUGCUGAAAGGAAUGCUCAGUGCGACGAAUUAGGAGUAAACCACAGAGCAUCAAUCUACGUGCAUGAAGCGAUCAAAAUUCAUCAACGCUGGCGUCUAACGAUGACAAUAGACCGCAAGACUUGUACGCCGGUUAUCAAGAUCAGAGACCUGCAGGACCCCGUAAAACAGCCAGAUGGUUCAUACUCGGGGAUGCAAUACCACUUCGAACUCAAAGACGGCGAGGAAAAGCUCGCUCCAUUCGUGGCCAACUUCGCAGCACGCCAUAAGCUGGGUAAAGUGUUGAGAGAGAGCUUUAAAAAGAUACUCUCUGCCGUGCACGAAAUCUUCACGAAAUGCCAAGCGCUCAGCCUUGAGGUCGACCUGUUGCGUCCGAUGGGAAACUAUAGACUCAUCUGUGUGAAUUCUCAUUUCGAAUUUGACGACGACGCGCCAAAAUUUGCCAGGAAGAAAUACACUGCGUCGCGAGAGGUGCUUUUUGAGGUUCAAGCAGAGCGUUUCGCAGAAAUUCAUGGUUUUGUCUAUGUCAAAAUGUCCGACGGCAAUAUCGGAACUGUGGUUAAUGGCGCGGGACUGGCAAUGUCAACGACUGAUGCCAUUCAACAAUAUGGAGGGCAGAGCAACAACUUUCUUGAUGUUGGUGGCCAGGCAACUACGGAGACUAUGCAGAAAGCUUUCAGAGUUGUGAUGAGUGAUCCUAAAGUCAAAGUUGUCAUCAUCAAUAUUUAUGGAGGUAUUACGAAAUGUGACAUGAUUGCAGAGUCUAUCAUCGCGGCAGCAAAAGACUAUCUCAUUGGCGUAGAGGUGGUAGUCAGAUUACAAGGCACAAACGCCGAAGCUGGUCUGAAAAUGAUUGAGGAUGCCAAUCUUGGCUUCCAUGUGGAAAGCGGUUUCGCGGCCGCGGCAUCGAAAGCUGUUGAGCUCUCCAAGGCUGUCAAGAAUAAGCCGAUAUCUCCAAAGAGACUUGCAGCGCUUGAUCGUCUCGGUCCACUCGACGAGAAGGAGCUGUGGGAUGAUGAGAAGUUGGAGAAGGGAAAAAGGAGGAAGGCUAUGAAAAUGAAACAGAAGAGAGCGAGGGAGAGGGAGAUUAAGAGAAAGACUACAGAGAAAGAGGAAAGGAUAGCCGAAAUAAAGAAAAGAAAGCUGGAGAGGGAUGCGGCCAAGGCAAAGGAAAAGGAGGAGUCUAACAAGACAUGGUAA